AUGGACGACAUUCACACUCCGUCGGUGGCAUCCGGCCCCGCCACAAACGGUGCCUCCAACGGCGUGCCCAAGCAAGAGAUGUCUCUUGUGGAGCUCAUAGCUGAGAAGCAGCGGAUCGACAGCGAGCUGUCGGCUUUGAGUUCAGUUCUUGACUCUCACGGUGUCAACAUGAGAACGAGCCUCACAUCAUUCGAUGGAUACCCUAGAGACGACAUCGACAUUGCACAGAUACGCACGACUCGGGUUCGGAUAAUACACCUUCAGAACGACCUCAAGGCGUUGAUGGCGAAGAUCGAGAUCGGAUUGCAUGACCAUCACGCCGCGGCCCAAGCAGCCGCAGCGGCAUCGGCCAGCAACCAGACCGCACACAGUGCAUCGGCCCCAGCGAACGCAGACGCCUCGUCGGAUCCGGCGCUGCAGGCACCCUUUGCGAAGGUCAACAGCGUGGUGCCUGAAAGCCCUGCGGACACGGCGGGCCUGAAAGCGGGAGACCAGAUAGUCGUGUUCGGCGACGUCAAUUGGAUGAACCACGAGAAGCUGAGCAAGGUUGCCGAGGCAGUAUCGCGGAACGAAGGGCGAUCGAUAUCGAUUCGGGUGUCUCGAGCUGGGGAUCAGGUAGAGCUGCAGCUGACGCCUAGGCGCAACUGGGGCGGGCGGGGUAUGUUGGGCUGUCAUCUGCUGCCACUGUGA